UAAUUCCUGCUCUGCCACUUGUCUGCUGUGUGACUUUGGAGACCUUGCACCUGGACAGGGAAGUGAAGCAGCAUUAUUUCCGUUUCUCGUUUUUAACAAAGAGCCAAACAUCAGCAACAGAAGCAAGAAGGAAGCAUGUAAUCUUCCUGUCUCUUAAUUGACCAAAGUCAGGCAUGCUUACCCUGCCCCACCUCACGGCACGAUGUCCUAUUUCUCCAGCUGCCCUGAGAAACUGACGUGAACCCAAGUGGAGGACAUUCCCCUUCUGCAACCUUGGCAGAAUGACCAAAACCCACUACUUCCGCCUUUGGGUGGUGCUGGGGUCUGUCUUCACUAUAUUCCUGAUUAUUGUGUAUUGGGACAAUGUGGGGACAGCUCACUUCUACCUGCACACGUCGUUUUCUAGGCCUCAUCCUCCUGGAAUCCUCCCCACCACCGGACAGGGGGAGGAGAAGGACAUCCUCUCAGAUGUAGAUGAGUUUUUGGAUAAGCUCCUCGGCUCCAGCCUGAAGCCAAUUGGACCUUUGAGAAGAAAGAUUGAGCGGCCUCUUGUGCAGGGCUCUAGCAAACCCAUUGUGGACAACAUGGAGGAAAGCGUAAGAGGCUAUGACUGGUCCACCCACGACACCAUAAGGAGCCCAGACCAGGAGAAUCUGCAGGUGGAGAGGAGGAAUAUGCUGAGGGAGUUCUGUGCCAACUCCAGCUUGUCCUUCCCUACCAAGGAGCGUUCUUUCGAUGACAUCCCCAACUACGAAUUAAACCAUCUCAUUGUGGACGACCGCCACGGGAUCAUUUAUUGCUACGUCCCAAAGGUGGCCUGCACUAACUGGAAGCGGGUGAUGAUUGUCCUGAGUGAGAGUCUGCUGGACCACGGCACCCCGUACCGAGAUCCCCUGGAUAUCCCCCGGGAGCACGUCCACAACACCAGCACCCACCUCACUUUCAAUAAAUUCUGGCGUCGCUACGGCAAGUUCUCGCGUCACCUCAUGAAGAUCAAGCUAAAGAAGUACACUAAGUUUCUGUUUGUCCGCGAUCCCUUCGUGCGCCUCAUCUCUGCCUUCCGCAGCAAGUUUGAACUGGAGAAUGAAGAGUUCUAUAAGAAGUUUGCCAUCCCGAUGCUGAAGCUGUAUUCGAACCACACCAGCCUGCCCACCUCAGUCAGCGAGGCCUUUAGUGCCGGCCUGAAGGUCUCCUUUCCGGACUUCAUCCAGUACUUGCUGGACCCGCGGACUGAGAAGCUGGCUCCCUUUAAUGAGCACUGGAGGCAGGUUUACCGCUUGUGUCACCCCUGCCAGAUUGACUAUGACUUUGUCGGGAAGCUGGAGACGCUAGACGAGGACGCGGCACAGCUGUUGAGGCUCCUCAAAGUGGACAGUCUUCUUCACUUCCCCCCUAGCUACCGGAACAGGACUGCUAGUAGCUGGGAGGAGGAUUGGUUUGCCAAAAUCCCUCUGUUCUGGAGGCAACAGCUUUACAAGCUUUAUGAGGCUGAUUUUGUUCUCUUUGGAUACCCCAAACCAGAAAACCUACUCAAAGACUAAAAAAAGAACAGAAAUGACUUUCAGAAACCAAAAAUGUCUUGCAUUAUUGCUUUUUAAAUAAAAUUAGGGGCCUUCUAAACCAGAUUCCCCCC